UGUAGCAAGAAAUCUGAUUGAUGGUUUGAUAGCCAUUUUGAAGAGCCUUUUGUUGGUGUUUUGUGAAUGUUUUUAUGAUAAAUUAGCAGAAAUUUAAAUACAUGACAACUGAUUAAGCACAAAAAAUAAAAUAAAUUUAAAUACGAGCAAUCAUUGGCCAAAUAUAACAGUGUUAUUUGUUUUGUGAAGACGCAUUGUGAGAAAAAAAAACCGGAACAACUACUAUGUAUUUCAAUAUUGUAAUGACGUAUUAUUUUUAGUGAUUUAAAUAUAAAGUGUUUCGGAUGUAAAAGGAACUGGAAAAGGACGAUUGUGCAUUUAUGAAUAAAGACUUUUAUUUACGUUGUGUGUAGAUUUAUUCAAGACGUAAAUUGUAAUUGCCACAAGAUGGCCGCCAUUGGAUACUCGCUCCGCCAAAACCCGCUUGUGAGGCCCGAUGUGUCAUCCGUGAGUGAGCACCUUGCGCGCAUGUUGUAAGCUGGCGUCUCGUAUCGCGGCCGAAUUUUCCGGCCGCUUCCAGCGAGGUUCCAUUUUAUAAAAUGGAAUUUCGCUCGGGGCGCCAAAAUACAAUGGGUGUUGACAUAUCUCAAGCGACUAUACCGUACCGUUACUCAGACGGCCGUAACAAAUAAUCUAAAACAAAAAUGAUUGAACCAGACGACGUCGGAAAAGAAGUGUGGAAGCGAUGGAUUCUUGAAGCGAUACAUAAAAUACGAUCGCAAAAGCAGAGGCCGAGCGUUGAACGCAUCUGUCAUGCGAUAAGACAGCAUCACAACUAUCACGAAGAUGUUGUUUCGGAGCGUUUAGAGCGAGCCGUGCGCGAUGGUGCCGUGUUAAAAGUGUAUAAUAAGGGUCAGAGCACGUACAAGGAUCCAUGUGGAGUGCAAAAUAAAAUUCUGCGGAUAGCUGCAGACGCGGAUAUCACCCGUGUUGUGGCUAAAGCGGUACGAGAGUUGGGCGAACGAGAUGGUUCCAACUUGAAAACAAUUGAAAAACAUUUGCGACAAGCAUACCAAGUGUCAGUGGAGGAAAACACGGAUGUGCGUGCUUUGUUACGAGCUGCCGCGAAGCGUGCGGUGGCUCGGGGGCUGUUGACCAACGUAUCUGGUAACUACCAGGUCACAGACCGUCCAGCUGGCGUGGAGCGUCAGAAACUGAAGAAAAGCUCGGAGUCACCCGAAAAGAAGCAAAUUGGAGGAGUGCCUGUGUGUGCGGAGUGUCUAGGGACCGAUGCUAGGAAUCGCCUGGGUUCUGCGGAGGCGUUGAUCUGCUGCACCCAGUGCAAGUCCUAUGCGCACCCUACUUGUUUGAAUUUAUUGGAAUAUGUCAACCUAAAUACUAUUAAGAGCGGCCGGUGGUGCUGCGGCGAGUGCGCGCGGUGCGCAUUGUGCGGCGCGCGCGGCGAGUGGGCGGCGCGCUGCUCGGCGUGCAGCAGCGUCGCGCACCCGCGCUGCGCGCCGCCGCCCUUCACCUGCGAGACCUGCGCGACUAGGCCUAGGAUGACAAUGAGUGGGACACCCAAGAAACGGAAACCAAAAGCGGCGGCGCGGCGGGCCGACUCCGACGACGAGCCGUCCGACGAAGGGAAGCGUCUCCCUCCCGGCGUAACAGAAGCGGAUGCAGAAUUAUUUGCAGCUGCUCGAACAGCGGGUGGUGGGGAGGAGACUUCGGGGGCAGGGGUGGGGGCAAGUUCAGGGGCAGGGGCAAGUUCGGGGGCAAGGUGCCCCUCGGCUAUCGAGUUUGGCCAGUGGGAGAUCGAGACGUGGUACUCGAGCCCGUUCCCGCAGGAGUAUGCGAGAUUACCGAAGCUGUUCCUUUGCGAGUUUUGCCUUAAAUACGCGAAAAGCCGCGCAGUGUUAGUGCGGCAUCUUGAUAAGUGCCUCUGGAGACAUCCUCCAGCCACGGAGAUAUACCGACGUGGAGAUAUUUCCGUCUUCGAAGUGGACGGAAAUGCCAAUAAGAGCUAUUGCCAGAACCUCUGCCUCUUGGCGAAAUUGUUCCUUGACCACAAAACGCUGUAUUACGAUGUCGAACCCUUCCUUUUCUAUGUGUUGACGAAAAAUGACAGCAAAGGAUGUCAUCUAGUUGGAUACUUUUCAAAGGAGAAACAUUGCCAGCAAAAAUAUAACGUGUCGUGCAUAAUGACGAUGCCGCAGUAUCAGAGACAGGGCUUUGGACGAUUCUUGAUACAUUUUAGUUAUUUACUUUCGAAGGAAGAAGGUCAGCCAGGAACUCCAGAAAAACCUUUAUCUGAUUUAGGCAGAGUAUCGUAUCACGCCUAUUGGAAAUCUGUUAUUCUGGAAUUCCUUGAUGAAUAUAGAGAUAAGCCAUUCACAUUUGAAGACAUUGCCUUGACAACGGGAAUGCAUAUGAAUGAUAUAGCUAUCACAUUUCAGCUGCUUGGUUUUGUAAGAUAUGUUCCAAGUGAUGAUACUGUCAAAUUAGGCAUUUGCGUCGAUUGGAAUAGGGUCGAUAAUCACAUGAAAAAGCUAAGAGCUAAACCACGACUGGAAAUUGAUCCUGAAUGUCUAAGGUGGACUCCACUACUAGCACCAACAGUGAAUCCCUUCAGAUCACCGGAAGAGAACUCAGGUGACCAAGAAACAGAAAACGAUGAAGGUGAUUUGAAAACAGAGAGUGAACAUACUGAAACAGAGCCUGAAAUGCCAUCUAAAGCUGAUAGUGCAGUUAAUAACACGGAAAAGGCACCCGAUAGUCAAGUAGAAGUCACAUCUUCAGGUAGAAGAAGAACGAGGCCGCUCAAGUACAGCGAGAGUACGUAUCAAACUACGCCAACAAUUAGUGACGGUACAAGAAAACGGAAACGUGACAGUAACAGAAAAAUAUCGGAAACAGUUGAAGAAGAAAAGAAAGACGAAGUUGUCAGAAGGCCGAGAAGUAAGAGCGUGGCGCGUCGAUCAUCGCGAGUCUUACAGAAUGAAGCUAAUGAAAUUGUUGAAAAUAAUGUACAGAGUGGUAAAGAUGCGUAUGCUUCAGACAGUCAAGAUAGUCAGGAGAGUUUGGAAACGCGAGUAACUCCGGCUAGCAAAGUAAAGAGUAAGAGAAAACUUGCGUGGCGCGGAAGACAAACUAAGCGGCAACGAAUGAACAAGGCCAAAAGAAGAAGCGACUCGCCAGUCGCAAAGAAAACUAAACUCGAUGAAGAUACUUGUAAAUCGAAUGAUAUUGAUCAUAAGGAUGAACCAGUGCCUGAAAAAGAAACUGCAGUUCAGGUCAAUGAUGAAAAAGUUGAAGAGAAAGCUAAGAAUUCGGAAGAGAGUUCGGAAGACUCUUCAGGUGAGGCGGACGAUGAAAUGGAUGUUGAGGAAGGAGAGGAUAGGAAGAGCGUCGCAAGUAAACCCGCUACGCCAAGACCCAUCGAGGAAAACAGUACGGAUAACCACACCAGUGAUAUGGAACUUGAUAGCAUUCACAUGGAUUCACCAAAAUCGAUCGCAGAAAAAGAUCAAGUUAUCAAUGAAACAACAGAUAAUAAAUGCGACCGUGAAACUCCUCUACAAAAUCUGGAAAACCUUAAUGUGAAUGCUGAUGAAAGCGAAAACAAAGCCAGUGAACCUGAACCAAAAGAGAAAGAAUUGACCAGGAAUGGAGAAAUAAAAUCACCAGCGAAAACAGUUCUAGAUGAUAAGGACACAAUCAUCAUUUCAGAAUCGGAUGACAAUAAUAGCCAAAGUUGUCCACUUCCAUCUCCUAAAGCAAAUGAUAUAAUACCAGUUCAAAAUAGUGAGUCAAAGCCAAAGGAAAUACAAGAAAAUGAAAGUCCUUCAAAAGUUAUGCCCGUAGUCACUACGGAAAAUGCGCACAUAGUUUUAGAUGCAAAAGGACCUGAAGAUAUAAGCAGGAAUAAAUCAUCUAUGGACCUUAUUGUACCAAAUGUUGCAAAAAUACAUCAAAUAGAAACUAUAGUUGUGGAAGGAGAGUCAGAUAAUCCUAAUUCACCUCAAACAGGCAUUUCCCCUAAGAAAAACGAUAAAACCGUCAUAAGUGAAUCGCCAAAAGCGAAGAAGUCACCAGAAAAAAUGAAUGCCGAUAUUGUUUCUGAACAGAAAAGGUUUGAAAUGCGAAAAGAGACAGUUAUACAUCAGAAUAUGGAUGACACAAAAAACACAGAGAAAAAGUCACCCAACAAAAUUGAGUCUAUCAUUCAAAGUUUAGAUCCACACAGAGAUGUUAUAAGUAUGAAACGGCCAGACCCACCAAAAACAGAUUCAUUCAUAGACAUUACAAGUAAAUUGCAUAAUCCGAUUACCAGCCAAGAAAGUGAGAUAACGUUUCGAAAUGAUACAUUAAAUACUCGUAAAGAUGAGAUCGUCGUAUCCAGGAGUAUAAUUGAGACCAACAUGCAAAAUUAUCAAACAUCUAUGAGUAAUUCUAUGACAAUCCAACCUAUUAAUUCGAUGCAGCAUUCUUAUAUGAAUCAUAGACCGCCAGUAACUAAGGAAUCGCAAGGUGUUCAAACUGACAAAGUUCUCAUUAAAACUAGUGAACAAAAUAGAGUCAUGACAAGUAUGCCGGACUCAACACCCGUUAUAAGCAAAACUACGACGAAACUCGAAGUUCCACAUCCUAUAUCAUCGCCCGUAGUCAAUCCUGUAUCAAUACCAAAAGUCCCAAACGUGACUGAUAUUAAUUUUUUACCACGAUGUCAAAGCGCUAAUGCCGCUGUCAAUAUGGGCUUGGAAAGAACUGAUUUGGAUCAUACGUUUGCAAAUAACUCGCUACAAACUGCGUUAAGUGGGUCUAUGAACAUAAUACAAACAAGUUCGCAAGAUAAGAACGAUCCCAACCAAAGGCCAAGAGAGAAAAGUAAACUUCGGGACGUUAGGGUCAACUCUGCGCACAGUAAAUUAGAGAAAACUGAUAAAAAACCGUCUAAAAAUGAUACGCCAAGAAGCACUCCGGAGCCGAAGAUGUUUUUUCCAGACCAAAGUGCAAACGCAAGGAAGCCAGAGACGUCUGUGCCAAUAAACGUGAUAAACUCCGUCACGGUCACGAGCAAAUCGGAUACUAAAUCUAGUGAGGCGCCGAAGAAGCAAGAUUUUUUUAAGAAGGAAAAAUCUAACACCACAAAAUGCGAGACAAAAAACGUAUCCGCUAAACAUGACAAGACUUGCAGCUCGCAGCUAUUAAAAGCGGAUCAAAAUGAUUUAAACAAAAUGUUGCCGAAAUUUAAAUAUGACAAUGAACUCGUUCCAAAGGCGGAUUAUACGAUGAAUCAAAUCCCCAACUACCAUACAACACACGCUCAAUAUCCACAAUGGCCACCGUGGGAUCCCACGAGGUUGCAGAGCACGUGGGAUCACAACAGAUUUCUUGACAUGAAGAACAACGACAAAACCUACCUCGACAAAUUCCAAGGUUUCAACUUGCCGCAUUUAGAUCAAAUGCAGAAGUCGCCGCAAAAGUUCAACCAGAAAGAUUUUCACAAUAUCGCGUACAGUGCGCUCUCUAGCAGCAUUUAUACGACGCAGCUUUCGCACUAUAAGGAGGCUAAAGCUCCAACAUCCAAAGCUUCUGAAUGCAGUCAAAAGAACGAAUGCAAGCCGACGAAACAGUCGAAAAUCACGACCGGUUGUCAGACGCAAUGCGAGCCGAAGAAGUCGCAGUCGCACAACGAAGCUCAAAUGAAGCAAAUGAUGCAGCGGCAAGUGAACAAGCAGCCCGAAGUGGCGACGAGUUGCGCGGAGUACCGGCAACAGAGCCCGCAGGUGUUAACUUCGCCGGGCUGCAAGUCGUACCAGAACGGACCUUGCGUACAGGAGAAGGAAAUCGAGAAGAAGUCUCGCCAGCAUUCGAAGAAAGAAGAGUCUCCGAAAGAGAAUAGUAAAGAAGAGAUGUGCGAGUCUGUUAGUCCAGCGUUACAGUCUAUGGGGGUGUAUACACCAGACUCUACGAGUAACUCGGUGCAUUCAGUGCAGUACCCGGCUUGUGAGCUAGAUGUUAGUCAGCUUGGAUUGGAGUCUCCGACCAGUAUAGGCUCAGAUCUAGCGUCACCAUGCUCCAUGAUGCACAUGCACCCGGCUCCAAGCCCGCAGUACCCGCACUCGUCGAUACACAUACCGUCGAUCAUGAGCCAGCCCAACCAGCCGCCGAAACAACAGAAGAUCAAUAAUAGGAAUAGGAACAGCUCAGCCAGCGGCAACACGGAGAGCAAAGCGAUGCGCAGCGCGGCAACGCCGCCCGCGAGACAUCGUGCAACGCCACCCGCACACCAGCCGCAUGGCGUGAUGCAGUCGACGACGAGUGGCGGUGGGGGCGGGUACCAGGGCGGCUACCUCGGGUUCCAGCAGCAGCAGCAGUACCACGCGGGCUGGGCGCCGUCGUGCUCGCUCGCCAAGCUGCAGCAGAUGGCCGACGCGCCGCAGCACCCGCCGCACACGCCGCCCGCGCAGUAUGGACAGCAAGCCGGCACGCCUCCCAGUGGCCACUACCACGCGCCGAAGUACUAUGCGCCGGCGCAUAACCAACUCGACUCGCCGAGGAACACAAGAAACGCUACCAGUGAGUAUGCCUUUUUAUUUAUUUUGUUUUUUUAUAAUUGUCACGUUAUGAGUUACUAGCUUUUCGCCCGCGGC